UUCUGCAAAUCUAAUACAAACAUCGGAUCUACGAACUAGGGGCCUUGAACAAAACAAAAGAAAUCCGUUCGAACUCCGAAGGACCAAUUUUUCCGUCUGAAGUCUCGCUCUCCGACCGAGUAAAUCAUUGCGAGAGAGAAAGAGAUAUUUUAAGAAGCCAGAAGCCCCCAAUCAUCUGAUAAAUUCUUGAACCUCCCCAGCAUGGAUCUCAACCCGCAUGCAGGAGAAAAUUACGCCCACCCGAAGACGUGUCUCUUUCAUGUUAUCUUCAAGGCUGCAGCGUUGGCCUUUUACAUACUUUUUGCCUUAUUUAUUAGUAAUUUUGUCAUCAUUUUUGUGGUGACUGUUCUUCUUGCUGCUCUUGAUUUUUGGGUAGUCAAGAAUGUGAGUGGCCGUAUCUUGGUUGGUUUAAGGUGGUGGAAUGAGAUAAAUGAUCUUGGUGAGAGUGUAUGGAAAUUUGAAUCCCUUGACCAAGAGUCCUUGGCCCGCAUGAACAAGAAAGAUUCGUGGCUAUUCUGGUGGACCCUGUACCUUACGGCGGCUGCAUGGAUUGUGCUGGCAAUAUUCUCUCUCAUAAGGCUUCAGGCUGAUUAUCUUCUCGUUAUAGGAGUUUGUCUAACCCUCAGUAUUGCAAAUAUUGUUGGCUUUACGAAAUGCCGUAAAGAUGCUAAGCAGAAGAUUCAACAAUUUGCUUCUCAGACCAUUGCAUCUCAGGUAUCAUCCACCAUACAGUCAGCAAUAUUCAGUGCUGUCUGACUCCGAGUUAUUCAUUGGAGAAGUAAAACGGGAAUGCAUUUGUGAAAGACUUUGAGAAGUGAGAAACGUGUAAAUGCUCAUUAUGUUGCCCCUCAGUCCGGAACCUUACUGUACGGCAAACAACAGCUUAGAAGUUUUGCUCGACUUCUUUUUGUUUAAUAUUCCUGUCUAAAUUCGUUAAUGGUUUGAAUGAAAAGCAUGUGAAUUGCAAUAUCAGAAGCAUCAGAUGAUAUUUUGCCUGUAAAUCAUUCACUUCAUUUUAGUUUUGGAUUGCAA